ACAUUGAGUUGAUUAAGUUGCAUCAUUGUGUCCAGCUUUUGAUAUGCAAUAUUGCAACUAGACCUAUCUUACUGUGAUGAAAUAUGGAAUGGUGUAUUUGCCAUUUUCAAAUAGAUGACUCUGUAGAAGUUGUCCCAAAUUGGAUAACUGGUAAAAAUCUAUGUGUGUGGCCAUUAACAACAAAACCAUCUAAACUAUUAGAGCUCAUUAAAAGAAAAGAGAUUCCUAAAGAUGAUUGGAAAACAAUGAAUAUUAAAAUUUUAGGACGAAAUAACGAUUAUAAAAUUGCUCAAAGAAAAUGCAAAACUGCAUUGGAUAGAGAUAAUCUCUCAUCAUUAUCUGAAUCUGCUGAAUAUGAAAAAGGAUGUCGUGUACCGAAACGUAAAAGACAGUACAGUGAUACAUACACAGAUACCGAUACGGAAAGCGAUGAGUGUGGCGAAAAGGAUUUGUCCAUUAAUUUUCCGACAUAUAAAGCAGAUAAGACUGGUAUUUCAUCAAAUUCGAACAAUAAUGUUGGCCAAGUCAGUGAGAGCAAUAAAAAGCAAAAUUCAGACAAUAUUUUAACUGAGAUCCGUACUAAUAAAUCGAAUAAUAAUGUUUACCAAAUCGGCGAAAGUAAGAAGCAAAAUUCUGAUAAUAUUUUAGCUGAGAUCCAUACUAAUUUUCAAAAACACGCAAUUGAAAUGAAAGAAUUUCAACGCCAAGUUCUACGACACUUACAUAGCAUUAAUGGCCGCAUGGGAGAAUUAAAUGAGCACGUAGAAUCAUUAAAACAAUCUAAAUUUCUCGUUGAUCAAGAAAAUACUAAUCAAAAUAUUACAAAUGAAGUAUCAUUACAAUACAUAGAAAAUUUGCCAGUAAAAUCAAAAAUGGAGCUUCAAGAAAUUGAGAGAACUUUACAAGAUAAAGGAAUAUUCCAUGAUGUGGCUACAGAAUUGUCGAAAAUGGGCGGUAGUAAUUUACGAAUUAUUGUCAAGAAAUUGAUGUGCCGAAUUUUAACACCGGAAAUUGGAAGAGAAUACAGCUGGGAGGAGGGGCACAAGGGGAACCUAAUUUUUAAGGAUUUACUUCUGGCAAAAUUAGUCCUUA